AUGGCGCUUUCGCCCUAUCUCCAAAACGCCAACUACAGUAUUUUUUUAUUUUUGCAGAGAGUAUCGUCAUGCGGUCCAGCAUGUGGUUCAAGCGGCGUGGGUGCGAGCGCAGCGGCGGUGGGCGCGGGGCUCUCGCGCCGGCUGGCCUCCAGCCUGCAAAGCACCAGCACCGGCUCGCUCCCCGACUACGGCACACAGAUCGUCGACCCCUAUCGCCUGCUAGAAGACGACCUUAAUGGCAUAUAUGAAGAUAUUAGAGCAGAGCUGGAGCGGAACACGAACCAGGCGGAGCUAAACACCAUAGCGACUUACUACUUCGAUGGGCAGGGCAAGGCGCUGCGGCCCAUGGUGGCCAUCCUCAUGGCGCGAGCCGUUAAUUAUCAUGUAUACGGCGAAAACAGUGCACUGCUGCCUUCGCAGCGACAAGUGGCGAUGAUCAGCGAGAUGAUACACUCGGCGUCGCUCAUCCACGACGACGUCAUCGACCAGAGCGACUUCCGCCGCGGCAAACCCUCCGUCAACGUGCUUUGGAACCACAAAAAGGUUGCAAUGGCCGGCGACUUCAUCCUCGCCGUGGCGUCGAUGAUGAUAGCUCGCUUGCGCAGCGAUGACGUCACUCUCGUUCUCAGCCAGGUGGUGACGGAUUUGGUACAGGGCGAAUUCAUGCAGCUAGGUAGCAAGGAGACGGAGAACGAGCGCUUCGCGCACUACCUCACCAAGACCUAUCGCAAGACUGCCUCCCUCAUAGCCAACGCUGUCAAAGCGGUGGCUCUGUUAAGUGGCGCGGACGAGAGCACAUGCGAGCUAGCGUUCCAGUAUGGGCGCAAUUUGGGACUGGCCUUCCAGUUGGUGGACGACCUCCUGGAUUUCGUGUCUUCGGCGCAGGCCAUGGGCAAACCUACAGCCGCCGAUCUGAAACUCGGCCUCGCCACGGCGCCGGUGCUUUUUGCUUGUGAAAAGUACCCCGAGCUGAACCCCAUGAUCAUGCGGCGGUUCGGCGAGGCGGGCGACGUGGAGAAGGCCUUCGAGCUGGUGCACAAGUCGCGCGGCCUGGAGCAGACGCGCUUCCUGGCGCGCCAGCACGGCGCCGAGGCCGCCCGCCGCGCCGCGCAGCUGGCCGACAGCCCCUUCCAGAAGGGGCUGCAGGUCACCACCGACCUCGUGCUCAACCGGAUCAAAUAGCGCUGGGUGGAAAGACGCCUUCUGCGCAGCUCGCCGGAGAUGAACUUAAGUGAGUGAGUGAUCAGUGCGUGAGCAACUGUCGACGAGAGACCUGUGCCCCGAUAAAUUAUGCAUAUAGUAAAUAUAUCCGAUUUAUGUUAAAGGUAUAUAACUGUUAAAUUUGAUCAACUCGACUGAGAUUCGCCAUCGCCGAUGCGACCUAUCGAUAUUUUAUGUAUCACGUUUUGUCUAUGUACAUAUAUCUAUUUUCCUUUUACGUUUUUAUGAGUAUAUAUAUAUAUAUAUUCCUCACUUUUGUGACCUGAUUUAUUUUAAGAUAGUUUUCUAUAAAAAUAUUUUUUUUUUACACCGUGAACUAUCUGCGACUACGACGAUUAGUUUUAAUCGAGCGAGCGUGUAUGCGACUAUUUGUUAGUAAAUACCGCAGUACAUAAGGGUACGGUAAUUGUGCUGAACCGUUGUCUAAUAUGUGUAUUCUUUCCGAGCCGCCCCCCCGUCCGAGGGGCGGUGGUUGUACAUAGAUGCAAGUGUCUCUACCUUUCCGCGCCUUUGCCAUCCGCUGGCAAAGCGGCAAAGCACUGCGUGAAUGCGGCGCGCGUCAUCUCUUUACGCUGUGUAAAUACUGAGAGUCAUUGGAUAAGUUACCCGUGUUUUAUUUUCGAAACCAAUUACCUCAAUUCUUUAGCGUACACUUUGCGUACUCACCGUGCGCUUAUGACUUUGACGUUGUGUUAAAUUGUAAGUUUUUUUUGUAUGAGGCCGCACAAUUCGUAGAGGAAACAGCCGUUAGAAGGUUAUAAAUUGUUUAUUGAUAUUAGCUAAUUACUUAAAUUAGAUUAAAGAAGAUGUAAAUAGUAAAUUGUUCAGUGUUACUGAAGAACAAUAGUUAUUGAGGUAUAAGCUCAGGGAACGCACUAAGAGCGCAGUAUUUGUAAACUCUGUCUUAAAGUUCUUGAUAUUUAACGGAUAUUAGUCACUAAUAAGGGUUCUUUCUGUAUAUGUUUGGUUGACAUAAUGACCAACGCGACG